AUGAUUUACUGGAUGAAGAGGAACAAAGGCGGCUCGGGGAUUCCCGACAGCGUCAGUAUCAUGUCUAAGUCGGAGAUCUUGAGAGAAAUCGUCACCGAGAAACUGACAACAGCCGCGCAGGAAAUCUUCGCGGUUGUGGAGAGAACCGUAGCCGGGUACGAGGAGGAGGCUUCGGCUCGGGUCAAACUACAGAGAAGAGAAGACCUGAUCCCACGUCAGGAAGGCCAUGAGACUGUUGUGAGGUUGGAAGAAGAGGAGGAGGAGGAGGAGCAGACACAGCAGUCAGAUGUGGAGGUCAGUGUGAGCCCGGGCCCGUGGCAUGAUGAUGAUUGUGAUGAUGAUGAUGAAGAUGAAGAGGGUGACGGUGUAGAGGAAGAGCAGCAGCUGUCAGCGCCACCAGCUACGAGCCCCAGACGAGAAGAUCUGAAGGACCCAGACCAUCAAAUGAAACCAAGGUCCAUUUCCCCCACAGCCUGGUCUGACAGGAAAAGGGCCAGCAGACCUCAGAUCAGUGACACACAGAGCCACAUAGAUCUCAAAAUUCGUUUCCUGGAAGACUCAAAGAUCAAUGUGCUCUCAACAAGCGGGCUUUAUAAACUUCCGGUGCAGGAGCUGCAGUGUCCUCGUGGCCUGCAGGAGACGGACUUCCUGGACCUGCUGAGGUCCACCUUCCCUCAGCUGGCUGAUCAGAAACAGUUUGACUUCUGCACAUUUGGCAGGAGCAGGAUGCCCCAGCCUCUGACAGUAAAUACACUGACACCAGAGGAGAUCUACAAGCGGCUCAUCGACGCACGAAAGACUUACCUCUUCAUCCGACUGAAGACUGAAGAGGAUCCUCAGAGCAGCAGUGAAGACCGUCAUCCGUUGAGAAACGAGAUGAUUCUCCAUCCAGCUCUGCUCCACGUCAGCUGA